ACGCGCUUCACUGAGGGGGGGGAGAGAGAGAGGAGAGUGGGAGGUCCCUGUGGUGUGACGUUGCGAUUGGCCCAGUGUCUUUCCUCAGCAGGGACUCGACGCCUCUCUCUCCCUCUGUGAUCAGUGGGUGAGAGGGGGGAGACGAGCAACAUACAACGGAGAACCCGGCGUGCGCCUCCGUCAUCAUCUUGUUGGCUCAUCCUUUCAUCUCACCACCGGUCCUGGAUCCCCAAACCUCGGUCCUGGAGACGCCUGAGUCUGCAGCAGCGCACGAUCUGCUUUAUUUCCAGCCUAUAUCUGAAUGACGGGCGGAAGGUUUGACUUCGACGACGGUGGCACUUACUGCGGGGGGUGGGAGGAUGGCAAAGCCCACGGACACGGCAUCUGCACCGGACCCAAGGGCCAGGGCGAGUACGCCGGGUCCUGGUCGCACGGCUUUGAGAUAGUAGGGGUGUACACCUGGCCCAGCGGGAAUACUUAUAAGGGCUACUGGUCCCAGGGGAAGCGGCAUGGGCUCGGCGUGGAGAAUAAAGGAAAGUGGAUGUACCGCGGAGAGUGGAGUCACGGUUUUAAGGGUCGGUACGGUGUCCGGCAAAGCCACAACACACCUGCUAGAUACGACGGUACCUGGAGCAACGGGCUGCAGGAUGGAUAUGGGAUCGAAACCUAUGGCGAUGGCGGUACCUAUCAAGGCCAGUGGAUGGGUGGGAUGCGGCAUGGCUAUGGUGUGCGUCAGAGUGUUCCCUAUGGCAUGGCCACCGUUAUCCGCUCACCUCUUCGCACAUCUCUGGCCUCCCUACGCUCCGAGCAGAGUAACGGCACAGUGCUCCAGGACCUCUCCUCCCCUGCAGACACGCCGACAGGCAGCCGUGGCGGCUUCGUCCUUAACUUCCACUCAGACAGCGAGGUCGUCACUGGCAAGAAGAAGGGCCUGUUCCGCCGGGGGUCACUCUUUGGAAGCCUCCGGCAGUUGCGUAAGUCUGACUCUCGGACCUCAAUCUCCAGCAAGCGCAGCUCUGCACGAAGCGAUGCCACCAUGAGCCGCAUCAGCUCCAGUGAUGCCAACUCUACCAUAUCCAUCGGUGACGGCGAGCUGCAAGAUGAGGACCUUCCUCUAGAGGACCAUGUGGAUGCCACCACGACUGAGACCUACAUGGGCGAAUGGAAGAACGACAAGCGCAAUGGAUUUGGUGUUUCAGAGAGAUCCAACGGGAUGAAGUAUGAGGGAGAAUGGCUUAACAACAAGCGCCAUGGUUACGGGUGCACGGUUUUCCCAGAUGGCACCAAAGAAGAAGGGAAGUACAAAAAUAACGUGCUGGUGCGUGGAAUAAGGAAGCAGUUGAUUCCUCUUAAGAACCCCAAAACCAAAGAGAAGGUGGAUCGGGCUGUGGAGGGGGCACAGAGGGCUGCAGCCAUUGCCAGGAGUAAAGUGGAAAUAGCAGCAUCCAGAACGGCCCAUGCCAGGACAAAAAGUGAGGCUGCAGAGCAGGCCGCCAUCUCCGCUGUGCACGACUCUGAAAUUGCCAGGGCGGUUGCUAGGGAGCUCUCCCCUAACUUCUACCAACCAGGACCUGACUACAUAAAACAACAGUCAAAGGAACCCGUGGAGAUUAAAGAGGUCCCUGUAGAAAAAAAGGAAAGGUCCCCAAGAGAUUCUCCCCACUUUUACCGCAAAGGUACCACUCCCCCCCACUCCCCUGUGACCAGCCCUGUAGCCACGCCUCCCCCCUCGCCUCACUCUAGCAAGAAGAAAGGUCAGCUCGCCAACAGCACCAGCCGCAAAACCAGCAAAGAGGAAAAACCUUCCCGCAAGAUAAGCAAAGAAGAGAAGUCAAGUCAUAAGACCAGCAAGGAUGAGCGGUCUAACAGAAAGCUGAGUAAAGAGGAGAAGCCAUCUGUCACUGAUGGCCCUAAAAGUUCUCACGUGCAUAUCGAGGCUCCAGCUAAACCAGCUAAAGUUCAGCAGUCUACCCCAUCCGCUGCUCCUCCACAGCCUCCAGCAAUUCCAGUCAAUGGAGAGGUCCACAGUGAGUACCACAGUUACUACGUCAAAACCCCUACAAGGAUCCCUCCACCCCCGGAACCAGAGGAGGAUCCAGAAGAAGAGCCUAGUGCCCUAGCCCUGGCACGUAUGCCCCCACAACCUCCUAGAUCGUAUAGUACCCCCACUCCUAAGCCAGCCUCCAUACGGGAGAGCAAGAGUGACCAGAAACUCAGGAAGCAGGAUUCCCUAAAGCCAAAGAGCCUCGCAGACACAAAGAAAGCCAGUAUGGAGAUUGCAGAAAGCAUGGAAGAAACAGGUCCUAACUCGAUCCUUGUUGCUAUGGUAAUGCUGUUGAACAUUGGCCUUGCAAUUAUAUUUGUCCAUUUUCUGACAUGAUGAUGCAGUUUCUCAGUGAAACCAUGGCAACCGGUACAGCUGCAUCGCCGGCCUUGAAAAAUGAAAAUGGCGCCAGUGAGACACGGGGGUGGCCGUAGGUGUUUAGGAAUCAACGUGACACCGAAGAGAAUCAAGAGGAAGGCAUCACUACCACCAACCUGUCAUGGGCCUUCCUUAGGGCCAGCCCCGUGAAUUAGCACUCCUUUGGCUUUUCUAAAAGCCGAGGUGAAAUGUCGUGUCUUGCGAGAUUUAAUAAAAAAAUGUUUUAAAAAGUUUGAAAAAAUGCAACCAAACAUACACAGUCUGAAAAAAAGAAGUAAUUGAAACCCACACGUGUGCUGAUCCAAGCACUGGUCUCUGUAGCCCACUCCCACUGCCUUGGCAGAGAUGGCGGUGGGCUGACGGACUUUGCUGGAAGAGUGUGGAGAUGCACUUUUAGAUGAUGGGAGCAAACAGCUGCCUUUCUAUUUUGCCAUCUGACGUUUUGAUGGGGAGAUGUGAGCCCAGCGGCCGGGGAGGGGGCGACAGUCGCAGCGGGAGCGUGCUCUGGUGUACGGAGUGUUUUCUGGGAUUCACACCACUCUUGCAACAGGAAACUAGGCACGGCCGUUGCCAGCAGUCAGUGCUAGCACGGUCACUAUCCAGUCUUACUCUGUUUACCCAAUCAUCACAGCAGCUUUCUCAAGCUCCGUCCAUUGUAACCCAGGAUACACUGCUUUGAAACACUCCCCGUGCAUGGAACAGUUUUAACAUUUUGUUUUUUGUUUGUUUUCUGUUUUAUUGUAGCUUUUUUUGUUCAUUGUUGUUCUCUGAAUGUUGGUUACCUGCAGUUCACAUGCUUGUAGUUGAAAAGGAAAUUUCUUCUCUUCUCAAAAGGAGUAAAUCAAUUUGUUUUCCCUUUUUUUUUUUUUUUUUUUUUUGAAAUUUGACUCAUUUUUAACAGCUGAGUUGUAAUUUGACAUUACACAUUCAUGUUACUGAAAGUGCAAUAUGUUUGUUUUGUUUUUUCAAAAGAAAGCUUACAGGAUAUUUUUGCCAAAAAAUAAAAAAAAUAAAAAAUGGGGGGUUGUAUUAUUAUAAAAAUCCUAUGUUCCAUUUUUUUUGUCAGACUCAUAAUUUGAACAGACUGGUUUCGAGAGAUAUCGAUUAAAGGUCCAGUGUGUAACAUUGAGGAGGAUCUAUUGGCAGAAUAAAAUAAGAAGAGACAGAAGAGACAAACCAAACACUUGCUUUAGAUAGAGCCUUUUGAGUUAUUUGUGAGCUUUGUGUCCACUGAAGGUUCACCUACAUACUUGGAUACGGGAGCAUGAAGUGAGCGGUAUUCAGUAGGUUGCAAUCUGCAGCCUCACUGCUAGAUGCUACUAAAUCCUACACACUGGAUCUUUAAUAGCCGACAUUGUUGACAUGUUAGUAAGAAGAAGUUUCACACUUUAAAAGCUACCUAGCUCUGUGAGAGUGAAGUAACAAAUGUCUUAUGUUAUUUAUUAAAUCCGAAGGAAAAUUAUUUCAUUGUACACGCCUAGACCAUUUCGCUUGUAUUCCUUCAUUCUAAUUUUUUGCUUUCAUUGUGUCAGUGUAAAAUGCAAAGACGCUGUUCACACAGCUGCUUCGGUAGGCCCAGCAGUGCUUGCGUGUUUUUUGAGACUGGAUCAAGACAGUCUUGUGGACGGUGGAAGUUGAAUUUAUUCAGGUUGAGGCCAUGGGGAAUGUGGCACCAGGGAGAAGGAGCGAUGCCUUUUAAAUGUCUUUAACAGUACUACUGUUUACCUCAGAAAAAGAUGAGGAGGAAGGGGGGGCGGGGGGGAAGAGAUGCCAUCCUUGUCUUAACUUUAUCGUGUGGGGGAUACUUUGACUGUUGUCAUCACCUGAAUCAUGCUUUUUACUUGCCUCAUCGUAGCUGUUUGUAGUCUUUGUUGCAGGUAUGGCAUGUGUUUCUUUGAUUUAAAAAUAUAAAAAAAAGUGAUUAUUUAUAUGGUUGACAUUUACUGUCAUCACUACCAAGAUUAAUUAUUUAUUCAUUGUACAACUGAUGUGUUUGUGGACAUUGGUCAUCAUAAAAAAAAGGGCUUUAAUAUGGCUAGGUUUUCUUUGCUGCAAUUCAGUUUUGAAGUUCAACUUGACUAUAUUGUCUGUUAUAUAUACAAUCAGCAGCACAUUACAUUUUGGAAAAUGCUUCAGCCAGUUAGAUGUUUGCAAACUGUCCGUGUAACACCUGGAAACUAACUUUAAAAUCUAUUCAGAAUCUGGAAUAGAUCAUAAACGUUGACCAAGAAACUAAAUUAUUCAAAAAACGUUGUUGUAUUACAAAUGUGAUGCAUUAAAUAACAGUUUUCUCCCUUUUUUUUCUUGUGCUACACCCUCUUUUUCUUGUUUUAACUGUCUUCACACGAGCAUGGUGAAGACCAGAGUUUGGAGGGUUUAACAGAA